UUGCGUCAUGUUCUCCUGCCCCCCUCCGUUAUUCCUUACAAAGGGAAAACAUCUCGCGAGCAGGAUUUUGUUUUGAAAGCUUCGCGGACGCUGUUUUACGGUAUAUUAGUUUAAACUGAAACGCGGAAGAAUAUAAGACAAGAAGGACAACUGCGUUUAUCGGUAAAGCACGACAUUUGCCAGCAUAUCCGAUACUGAUUGCGAGAACAGGCUCGUGCGCUGUGUGGAAUCUUUUUCCUUUUUCAAUGAUAUCCAUAAAUCAAGAGGGAAGAUCCAGCACGGAUGUAGCAUCGGAAUACUGCUGAUUUUCCACAGAGCGAUGCUCAAGUAUAGGCUGUUGUUAGUGGUCAGCACUGGAGUACGUGAGGGGUAACGUUAAUACUUCAUAAUGGGAUGAUGUGCAGUGUUGAAUGUCAUACUGCUGUUUGCAUCAUAAUCCCUCAACUGACAUUCAGAUGCUAUCUUCUAGAUACCUCUGUGAUGAACUGAGAGCAUCUCUGGUUCCCUCUGAAAAGAGGGAGUGAAAGUUGCCUCCAUCUCAUACAAUCCCAAACAUCAAACAGAACUCAGCUCAUGUAGUUCACUGACUAGUAUGAAAAUGGAUAAACUCACCAUUAUUUCAGGAUGUCUCUUUCUCGCAGCAGAUAUCUUUGCAAUUGCAAGUAUUGCAAAUCCAGAUUGGAUAAAUACAGGUGGCCAAGAGGGAGCUCUUACUGUGGGUCUAGUCAAGCAAUGCCAGACCAUCCAUGGUCGAAACAGGAUAUGUAUCUCCCCGAGCCUUCCUCCAGAAUGGGUCACCACCCUGUUCUUCAUUAUCUUGGGCAUCAUUUCGCUCUCUAUCACAUGUGUCCUGCUUGUGAUCUCACAUUGGCGGCGAGAGGCAACAAAGUAUGCCCGCUGGAUUGCUUUCAUGGGAAUGGUCCUCUUCUGCAUGGCUGCCCUCAUAUUUCCAGUUGGAUUUUACAUCAAUCAAGUCGGAGGACAGCCUUACAAAUUACCCAAUAAUACUGUUGUUGGGUCCUCAUAUGUACUGUUUGUUUUAUCAAUAUUUUUCACAAUAGUUGGACUUCUUUUUGCUGGUAAAGUCUGUCUGCCUGGCUGACAAUUCCUCUGGUUUUAAGAUUUUUUAUGCUAAAUAUUUGAACUACCUGGCUUUUUCAAUGCCAGUGUGGUUCAGCUGAUGACAAACAAAUAGGUCAACUUCACAUGGAUUACUCAGUUUCACAAAAGGGCCUUUUCACAGUGGAGCUUUUAUUAGAAUGUGGUCAAUAUUUUGGUCAUAUUUAUAAUAAUGUACAGUCAGCCAGUCGUUAACACUAAAUAAAUCAUCUUUGUAUCACCCUGUGAGGAUUUAUUUUACUAUAAUGACUAGCUGACUGUACAUUAUCCUGCUGAUAACAUGGCUACUCACCAAAUAAAUAAACGGACAUGAAACAUU